AAGCACCUGUAUGACGAAUUGAUAAAUUGAUUCAGUAAAAAGUUACGUCAAAAAGAAGUCUUCAUUUAUUCAUUAAUUAUUCUUAUUAAAAUCUAAAUAAAAGUAUAUGUAACGUGGAAAAAUCUGUUAAUCUGAAAGGAAUUGUGGUAGAAAACAAACCAUUCUGUGAAAAAUACUAUGGCGGAAUCAAUUGUACAAGACUGGCUGGCAGAUUACCGCCGUAUACAAGGACAGCCAGCUGAAGUGACAACCUUCGCUGUGGAGCAUGAAACCGACCCUGAAAUUGCUGAAGCCAUUUAUACCAUAUUUAGUGAACGACAAAGACACGAAACUUUGGUUCAUGAAAUUUGUCAGCAGUUUCUGUCAUUUUAUCGUGCUUCUGAAGAUUCGCUCCGAAAAUUUCCUUUACAGUUCAUUCCAGUAUUGAUCUAUACUUAUCUGCAUGCCGUCGCAGCUGGCGACAAAAAAGGUGCCCGUAGUGUAGAGACAUUACUAAUAUGCAUUUACAAUGCGGAGAUAUCCACUGAAGACGGCGGUCAACAUGUAGUCACUUUCCGUAUGCCGAUAUUAGCACAAGCGUCGGUAUACCAUGAGGAAAAAAAUUUACCAAUGACAGAUUUGCGGCGUUGGGAAGAAAACUGUAACCGAGAAAUUAAGUGGGGUCCACAUACUCAGAUUGAGGCGAUUACGGCGCAGAAUAGGUUACGUAUUAUGACUGCACUAAUGUUUUGUUAUAAUCAGCAAGUUAGCCUUACGCAAAAAUCCGCUUUGAUACAUCUUUGUCGUGUGGCAUCGCAGUUAGUUAAUCAAGGCUUUUCAAAACAACAUGCACAUCGAAUCUCUUAUGGUUCUGAUUCGAGUGGCGCACUUGUCCCAAAGUCAAUAACACCGCGCAUUCCUCUUUCCUCAUCAUUUCUGGUAGAGCUGGUACACGCUAUAUACUUUGCAAUGUUUAACGGUUUUGGAACAGUGGCGAUACAAACAUUAGACGACAUCCAUCAUCGCGCAUGUUUUGAGAUGUAUACGGAGCUUAUACUUGUGACGAGUGCUGUGAGAAAUUCAUUACACGCAAAUCCCUCCGGCCAGCCAAGUGAUGGACCGAUGGGACUUAGCGUAGCCCUUACACCUGCCACGAAUACUGUGACUACAGCCAUUUCCAAAUCGAUGAUCACGAAUGCGUCAUUCCGUACUAAAAAGUUACCUGAUGAUAUCCCUAUACAAGUUCAGGAUCUCACAAUGCCACAAGCUCCUCCGAUGUUGGCUAGUGUUACUGAAGAAGUCGAUCCUAAAGACCAGCAACAAACACAAAAUACGUCGUCGCGAAAUUCUAUCAUACGUCCUAGCAUGGAAGGCAUAAAAGCUCAGGCACAUAAAGCGUUAAUUGCUGGUUUCAAAAAGUCUAAAGACAAAGAAAAGGAUAAAGACAAAGAGAAAGAAAAGGAUGGAAAAAUAGUUGGAGCUGGAGCGGCAGGCGAGCCCCCAAAACCACCGCUUCGAAAAUUUGAAAAACACACUCARCGGAACUCGUUGCUACAAUUACAAGCUGAGGGCAAUAAUAUAGCGUUAAACGAUUUCGAGAAAAGUCCGUCUUCAAUGGGCGUGAAAGGAAAACCCUAYGACUCAAUUGAUACUACGGAAAUGUUACCCAUGCAAACACUUCUUGCUAAUGAGAAUGGCAGUGGUAGCUUUAGUAUUGACAGUGAAGUAAAUGGGGGCGGUGGAAGUAGCAAUAUGUUGAAUAACAGUAGCGUAGCUAGUAAUACAAAUUCAAUCACGAGCAGUGACUUGAUAACAAAAAGUUUUGAUUCAAGCAUAGAAAUCCCACAACUUGUGGGCCCUGCUGUUGUUGGAAGCAACACUAAAGUGGGUGAUGUGGGUAUAGAUUAGUGCUAUAAUACUUCCAGAAAUUGAAGUUGUGUUUGAAAGCGAUCAAACGAUUGUUGCGUGUGUGCCAAAUGUUGGGGAAAGCUUCCAACAUUUAUUUUUAUUGAGCGACAAUUAUGCUUAAAACUGUUAAAUAUUACAAUAUCUAUUUCAAUACCACUUCAAUUUUAACGUAAGAAUAAUUAAUACAUAUAAAUAUACAUAUAUAUAUAUAUAUAUAAAUAAUUGUUGCUAGGUAUAAAUAGAGUGAAUGAAUACUGGUGAUUCGGUGUUAAUAGGGCUAAGGCAAAACAAACACAAAUUCAAUAUAAUUUAGUAAAUUACGACGAAAAUCUAACAUGAAUUACUACUAUUUUGUGCACGAACAUUUAAAAGWCACAUGGAACGGAAGAGCAAAAAUUAUGGUAUUAUUGUGUACUUCAGUAAAUGUGUACUUAAAAUCAGUUGGGGGAAUCGGUUGCAAAUUUCACUUUUGUUCCCUUCUUCUCUAAAAAAAACUGCUUACAUAAAGUUCGGAAAUUUCUAAUAUUUAAUAAAAACUAUCAAAAACGAAAUGAAAAUGCAUGAAUGUCAUAUACAUAUGUGUGAAUUUUGUAUUAUCUAGCAUUGUUAUAGUGUAGAAACGGUAUGACAAACAAUCGAAAUUUAAUUUAUUUAAUAUAUUCGCAGUAAAAUUAGUAUUUUUGAAAUUUGUUACAACACCGAUUUGUAUAGUACAAUAAAAGAAGCGAUUUAUAAAGUAUAUACCUACAUAUACAUCAUCUAAUAUCACUCAUGUAUUUAUAAUGAU